UACAAAAUGCAUAUUUCGUAUACUUCCGGUGGGAACUGUCGGUGGAGAACUUUUUUGUAUCCGGAAUAAAAAAAAGACGCACCAUGGAACAAAGUGAGGUAAACUGUGUGAAAGCCGUCAGGAGGAAUAAAAAGGAGAAGAAACUUCUCAAAAAACAAAUAAAGGCCAGUCAUAUUUUAAUGAAACAUGAAGGCGUCAGUACAAUAUCUGAGAUGAGUAAGAGUUUGAUGGUGGCUAAUGGCGGCCUGGGGAAUGGGGUCAGCCGAGAAGAGCUGUUUGGAGUGCUGAAAGAAAUGGGAGAGCUGGAGACCUUGGUCAUGCUCCCUGACAAGCCGUAUGCUUUUGUGACAUACAGAUCAGAGGACAGUGCUCAGAAGGCACACACCCACCUUAACGGUAAAAAGCUACAGUGUGGAGAGAACAGUGUGGUACUCUAUCUCUGUUUUGUAAAAUCAGUGGCCUGUGAGACAGAGAUGUGCGUCCCUUUGCCAGAGGGUUUGGCUUUACUGGAGGACUUUGUGUCUCCAGAAGAAGAGGCUGUGCUGAUGGCUGCCAUUGACUGGUCCUCCACUGAAGAUGUUGUCACAGCUCAGAAAGAAUUGAAGCAUAGAAGAGUCAAACAUUAUGGCUUUGAAUUUCGAUAUGACAACAACAAUGUGGACAAAGACAAGCCAUUACCAGCAGGGCUUCCGGAGGAGUGUCUGCCCAUUCUGGAGCGAUGUUUAAAGAAAGGACACAUCAGCGUCAUGCCCGACCAGCUGACCAUCAACCAGUACGAGUCAGGACAGGGAAUUCCUCCUCGGUGCACUCACUCUGGCCUUGACGAGCCCAUCCUUUCUCUCAGUCUGGGAGCAAAGACAGUGAUGGAGUUUCGUCAUCCUGAUGGUCGUGUUGUUCCAGUUGUGUUGCCAGCUCGGAGCCUCCUGGUUAUGAAGGGAGAGAGCCGAUACCUCUGGACCCAUGGGAUUAUGCCUCGGAAGUUUGAUAUUGUGCCAUCCUGUGUCUCACAAUGCCUUGCUAAUUCAACACCUGUCAUUGGGACCAACACCAAUCUCACUUUGAGCAAGAGGGACACACGAACAUCUUUCACUUUCCGCAAAAUCAGACAUGAACCCUGCUGCUGUGCUUUUCCUUCUGCCUGUGACAGCCAGAGAGCCUCUACCCCUGCUCCCCCCUCGCUUCCCUAUCGCCAAGCCAACGCAGCUCGUCUGGAAGAGGAGUAUGUGCAUCGGGUGUACGAUGCCAUUGCCUCCCACUUCAGCAGCACUCGCCACACCCCCUGGCCUCGUGUUUGCUGCUUCCUUUCCUCUCUCUCACCGGGAAGUUUGCUGGUUGAUGUAGGCUGCGGAAAUGGGAAAUACCUCGCUGUCAACCCGACAAUUUUUGCAGUGGGUUGUGAUCGUAGCAGUGCACUGGUUGACAUCUGUGCAGAAAGAGGUUACCAGGUAUUUGUGUCUGAUGCCCUCAGCGUUCCGCUACAAACUUCCACGUGUGAUGCCUGCAUCUCCAUCGCUGUCAUACACCACUUUUCCACAGAGGAGCGUCGACUCGCUGCAGUGAGGGAGCUGAUCAGAUUGCUGAAGCCUGGUGGCCGAGCACUCAUCUACGUUUGGGCCUUUGAACAAGAGUACAACCAGCAGAAGUCAAAGUACCUCAAAGACUACAACAAAGAGCAUCCUGGGAACUGUGGCCUCAUCAAUAACCUAUCAGCCGACAAGUCCAAAGGACUGUCAGAAGACGAGCAACAAAGUCAUCCUCAGUGCACGGACAGCACAUCAGAUUCUAAACUUAGUGUGCACACGAAUCGUACAACCUUCAACAGCCAGGAUCUUUUGGUUCCCUGGCAUCUUAAAAAUGGAAGGAGCAAAACUAGGAAAGGGGGAAGAGCUGACUCAGACUCCAGUUUUACUUCCACAGCUCGUCUUGAUGACCAACAGGACCCCGGCUCCAGAUUAGAUUCAAACCCUGACAUUUGUCCAUUUGCUGACACCAAGGCAGCAUCUCAGACAUCCAGGUCUUGUGCCCAGUUGAAGCUGGACAGCGGCCCUGCACCUGUCUUACACCGCUAUUACCAUGUAUUCCAGCAGGGGGAGCUGGAGCAUCUGUGUGGUCAGGUGGCUGGAGUUAAAUUGCAGAGCAGCUACUAUGACCAGGGUAACUGGUGUGUCAUACUACAGAAGGACUGAUUCACAAAAUAAAUAAUGCAGGGAAAUAAUUUCAGUAGUAGUAUUAUGUAAAUUUAUAUAAAUUCUGCAAUGAAUCAGUCAUGUAAAUCAAAUAAACUAUUUGAUGUUAUGAAUUUAAAUAAAUGUGAAGAUUUCAUGAAAUAUA